UUGACAACAACGUUUGUUUUCCAAAAAGAUCUUGAAGAAUCAACAACAAAAAACUAUGUCGGUUGAAUUUGCGAAAUUAAAUCUAUAUGAAUACCUCGGUGUGGAUGUCGAUGCCCAAGAGGCAGAUAUUCGAAAAGCAUAUCGAAAAAAGGCACUUGCCUGCCAUCCGGACAAAAAUCCAGACAAUCCAAAAGCAGCUGAGACCUUUCAUAUACUUUCACGAGCCUUAGAAGUUCUUACUGACACAACAGCAAGAGCAGCUUAUGACAAAGUUUGGAAAGCAAAAAAAGCAGCCCAAUUCCGAAAUCAACAGCUAGAUAGUAAAAGACAAAAAUUAAAAGCUGAUUUGGAGCAACGCGAACGGGAUGCAAUUGUUAUUAGUCAGUAUAACUCCAAAGGGUACUCAACAACGCCAAAAACCGAUGAACAAAUACUUCAAGAACAAAUCGAUCGACUGCGUAAAGAGGGCUCUAAAUUGCUUGAAGAAGAAUUGUCUUCUAUGAACCGUGAGUUAAAGAAGACCUUAUCGACACAAGCUUCUAAAUUUGAUUCUACUCUGCAUCGUAUUAAAAUCAAAUGGAAGGCAGAAAAGGGUGAUACGUCAAACGGAGGCUACUCUGAGGCAAAGUUAUUGAAUUAUAUUAAAAAGUAUGGGGAAAUUGAGGCUUUUGUUAUGUCCAAGAAGAAUGGUAGUGCAUUGGUAGAGUUUAAAACACUAGAAUCCAGUGAAAUGGCCUUGUCAUAUGAGAAAGGCGAUCUAAGUAAUCCCCUGACUUUGGACUGGGUUACACCACCUCCGUCUAAACAAGCAAACAGCAAUAGCCAUCUUGGAUCAUCAAAUGACUUUGAAAGUUUAGUUUUAAGGCAAUUACGACAGGCUGAAGAACGCAAGCGUCUUAUUGAACAAAUGCAAAAAGAAGACCAGGAGACUUCAUAGAAAUUGUUCGUUACUAGUGUUAGACCGUAGUAUAAUGUUUUAAAAAAAUGUGAAUAAAAAUACAAAAUGAUUGUUAUA